AGUGGAUUCUCUGGCGCUGCGCUGUGCUCGUUCGUUGCGAGCGUUAAUCGUGUUUAGAAGCAGAAAAACUUGCGCACUCAUCUCUUUCGAUCGAUCUCACAACGAUAUUGCAGAGAUUUGGAAGCAUGACAAAGAAUGUUUUAAGCAGAACCUGCUCGUAUUGCUGAAGUACAUAAAUUCAUAUACAUAUCUGUAUAUUGGAUGAUUACAUCGACGAUUCGAUUAGUAUAAUUACUGUUUUUUUGCUUGGCUUUUUGUUUUGCUUUGUAUUCUUCUUGUUUAUAAGUAUGUACAAAGUAUGUAGGCUUAACAAUAUCGCUAGAAUGAAGUAAUAUGGUCUCAACUGAAGGUUGGAUGUUUCAAUGCCUACUGAUGUCAACAACUGAUCGGAGCUUGGAACCAGUAUUUUGGGAAAAUUUGUUGUUUUUUAUGUCAGGAAAAAUGUAUGUAAUGGCAGAUUUCUUUAGCUGAGCUCCACAUGUGAAUUUCAAAAUAUCGUUUUUUUUUUUGUGUAUACAUGUACUUUAAUUCUCCGAAAAUUUGAAGUUAAUAGUGAAGGCAAGUAGUUUCAGUGAUAUUAGCGUAUUUUUAAGAAUUUUUAAAUUAGUGUCUCAAAACUUUAAAUGAAAUCGAAACGCUGUUUUCUGAGCCGGUAAGGAAAAUUUCACCGAAAAGGCUGGACCGAUCGGCUUGAAAUUUUUACACGGCUUUCUUCAAUUUAUCAGAUAACUAUCGAAGUAAUAAGAUUUUUGAUAACAAUUUCCAUUUUUCCAACAUCUCUGAAGUGUAAAUAUUUUUACAAAAAACCCUUUUUUUAUUUUGUCAAAAAUCAAAAUUUCAAGUAGUUCUUUUAACAUUACCUGUGCUCGCCUAUUGUUAUAAUAUUUUUUUUGUUUUGGUUUUUGGAUUUAAUAUAAUUUUAAGUAGAAAAAUCUUCCUCACAACCAGACAUUUGUUUUCGAAGGUCCUUUUGGAGAUCGUCUACGGGAUCAAGGGAAUCCAAAAUUGUUCAAUAUGAAUCGCCUAUUAAAUUAAAUUAUGCAAAUGUACAAUAUUUUAAUUUUAUAUAAAAUAAAAUGCCUCUUCAAAUAAAUUCACCAAAAACCAAUUUUUCUGACAUCCAAGUGGAUAUAACCCCAUAAACGAUAGAUUAAAUUUUAGUGUCACCGUACUGAUUACAACUAUGCGGUUUUAAGCAUGGUUUACUAUCACUGGUAUGUUUCUAGUGUGGACACAUUUUUUAUACCUGAACAGGGUAUAUUAAUUUUGCCACGAAGUUUGUAACACCAAGAAAGAAACGUCGGAGACCCUAUAAAAUAUAUACAUAAAUGAUCAGCUUGCGCGAACUAGUCCCUCAAUUUUUAAGCUAUCGGUCUGAAAUUUUGCACCUGUCCUUUCCUUACUAAGAAACUGCUCAUUUGUCGGAAUGGUAUGGGACCACUAUAGCAUAUAGCUGCCAUAUUAACUGACGAUCAGAGUAAAGUGCUUGUAUGGAAAACGUUUUUAUUUAACGAGGUAUCUUCACGAAAUUAGAUCGGAAUCAAGUUAUUGUAAGGAACCUUUGUAUCUGUGAAUGGUAUUAUAGCUUCGGAGCAAUAUUUAACGUUUUUUCUUGUUUUCAAAUCACUUUUGAUGGGAUUUCUGGAGAGGAGGGUAUAUUGAAAAUGUAUUUCAAAAUGUUUCGGCAAAAUAAAAUUGAAAUUGGUGUUGCCUUACAAGCCAUUUUUCGUAUUCAAACAACUGUUCUCAGCGUUAUUUUCCACACUCAUAUUUUCUUCAUUUCUUCGCUCUCGGCCGCCGAGCAGUGAGGGUGCUGUAUUAGUCAUCAAUGGCCCGAAUGCUUUUUAAGCCCGGCUAAAGCAAAAACAGGUAAAAUCCAAAACAGUUUCCAAUACAGCAACGAACGGUGGAAUGUACAAACGAAUGAAACGCAAAAAUGAGUGAAAAACACGUUCACCCCGAUCACCAGGUGUGCUGAACAUCGAUCUCUUUUCCGUACAUGUGCGCCAGAGGCUUACGACGACGCAUAAACAGAAAAUAUGAAAGUAACAACGAUAGCUGCCAACAGUACCAGCCGUUGGACGAUGUUUGGUCAUAGCAGUUAAGCGCAGGUUUUGCUUUUCAAUUCGCCUUUGUCGCUGUGAAACGCUGUGUCGUCGUCGUCGUCGUGGUCGUUUGUGGGACGAAUAAGUGAGUAAACAAGUGAGCGCCGCUUAGUCAAUUCGAUUACUGGCUGUGUGUUUAAAUGGAACGUUACUGGUUGCUGCCGCUGGUUGGAUCGCAUAAUCGCUGGACAAUGAAGCAGAACACUGGGCGAAUACACGUCCGAUCUAACGUAUGCGAUUUUCAAUAGUAAAAUAUAAUAGAGGAAACCAACGUUGGCGAAAUUUCAAAACAUAAUUCAAAAGACUAAUAAAAGCAGCAAAAGAAAAGAGAAUUAAUUAGUGCGCCAACAAAGCUAGCAUAUAAUCGAAUUUGAUAAGAGUAAAUAAAGGUUUAUUGAAUGAGGGUGGCACCCUGAACGCCAAGCGGACGGAGCAUUUAAUUAGUCGGAUUCUAGCAACAGUGGCUACAGCAGCAUCAUUCAGAAUGUCAGCCAAAAAUUUUCAAGCACUUCAACGAACGGUGCACACACAAUGGCGAAAGAAUACCUACAAUAACGGCCACCGCCCAGCUAAAGCGUGGAGUCACACCUGGCGAAGUCGCUAUGACAGCGGCGGUAGCAACAACAACAGCAGUAAUACUAACAGUUCAACACACUUGCUUACACAACGUUCUGGCCGCGGCAUGUUGCAAUCGCUAUUGUUGUAUUUUGCCAUACUCUUAACUUUAGUAAACUCUCAAAACACUGAACAAUUGCAAAUCGUGCCUAUCGCAGGUGAGUCAACGUUUUUUUACGUCGGUUGCUACACUGCACGCACAGAUCUCCUGAAGGAGUCUAUUUACUCGAAGACGCCGCGGACUUGUGUCGAAAUAUGCGAGCAUCAAAAUUACAGUUACGCUGUUUUAUCGGCAGAGCGUUGUUUCUGCAUGAACAAUGUCAACACGAAGGAUCGCCAGGAUGACAAACUGUGCAAUACACGCUGUUUAGCUGACAAAUCCCAGUAUUGUGGUGGUGUUGGCGUACACAGUUACUAUUCAACUAUAUGGGCCACAAAAACGGCACCGCGAAAUCUUCGCGUGGACAACGUAACCGAAUACACCAUAACCGUAGCUUGGGACAUGCACUUGUCCCCUAGCAAAGUGUUCGUGGCUGGUGCUGAGGUAGCGGCGACCAAUCCAGUGCAAGAGGUUACGAAUUUUCGCAUACGGACACAAGUAGUGCGCACAUACUCAACACUGCCUUUCUUUCCGCAACCUGAAUUCAUAGUGCAGGGCAUGGAGACAACCAUCGAAAUCACAGACCUACAUCCGGCCACUGAGUACAAUAUCACUGUUGAGGCAAUGUGCGCACAGGUGGUAUGUGGCAAUGCCUCACUACAUGCCAGCACCGAAGUGGGUAUCCCCGGUCCCACGCCGCCGCAGCCGCGUGUUAUCCGUACAACAGAUUCCGCCAUGACCAUAGAAAUCCCGCCGAUGCGCAAUGAUAAUGGACCGCUUACAAAAGUGCUGGUUAUUGUAGAACGUGUAGAUGCCUCGCUAAGUCAACCAUUUGAAACGGAGCUUCUGGGUAGUUGGCAAAAGGCCCAGGAUGAUGGACUGCCGUACUAUAUAACUGCACAGCUGGAUUACAAUGGACCGGACGAUAAUCGUACGCGGCAAUUUAUUGUGGGCGAUGGUAGGCGUUAUGGGCCUUUUUUGAAUGUGCCAUUGAAUACGACUGGCGCCGAUAUACAUCUCAGCCUGGGUUUGGUUAGUACAUUGAAUGGUGUAACAAAGACCCUGUAUACUCGUGGUUCACACGAUCAACACUCAAUUACAUUGGAUAAUUUUCAAUAUGCCACCUUCGAUUCGGGCCGCGCUUCCAUUAUUGCGUUGACCGUGACUUGCAUCAUAUUUGCCAUUUGUUUGAUACUCAGCGUGUUUACGUAUUUUUAUUUGCGCUACAAGACCUGCCAGGCGCGCGGAGGUUUGAAUCGCAAUGUUCAUGAGAUGACCAUGCAACAGCCGAUUAUCGAGCGCGAGAACAAUGGAUUCGUUGUGGAGGAUGAAUUGCUGCCCGCUGAGAAUUUCCGCCAACAGCUUGACGUGCUCAUCUCGGCUUUGGACCCCAACAAACGGUUGCCCCGCAAUGCAUUGCGCAUGAAUGUUAAUGAUAUAUUUGCGGAUGGACGUUAUGGUGAGGUAAUUACUGGCAAAUUCAUCUCUGCCGCGUUGCCGGAAGCGAGCGCCGACUGUCAACUGCAUGUGCUCGCUUUGGACGAUUUACAGGGUAAAGAGCAGGCACAUUUGCUACGCGACUUCCGCAAUCUUUCAAAGUUGCAGCGACACGAGCAUUUACUCGACUUCUAUGGCAUCUCGUCUAGCACCGAUUGGUUUUAUUUGGUCUUUGAGCAUCAAACUGUGAGUUUGAAACGUCGUCUUAUCGAGAGUAGGCGCGUACCCAAUACGGCACCCAUGCAACGUAUUACUGCACUCUCCGAGGAGUUGGUGCUGCAGUGGAUCUACGAGAUAGCCAGCGCGUUCGAGUAUCUUAGCAGCUGCAAAGUGGUGCACAAGCAAUUGUGUUCGCAUAAUAUUUUCGUCACUGCGGAUGCCAAACUAAAGGUGUCAGUAUUCGGCCCGAUUCCGUAUGUGCAAAACGAAAAGAAAAUCGAUAUAACUCGUUGGUUGGCACCGGAAGCGUUACGCUACCAGCACUUCUCUGUUAAAUCGGACGUGUGGUCGUUCGCUUGUGUCGCUUGGGAGUGCUGUACGCUGGGUGGCACAUUAUAUGCCAAUAUCACUAACACGCAACAGUUGCUUGACGCAAUUAAGAGCGGUUCACGACCAGCACAACCGUCAUUCGUCUUUCAGGAUCUAUACCAACUGUUGCUCAACUGCUGGCAGCUAGAGCCAAGUGAACGUAUCAAUUUCGAGGAGAUCGCGUAUAAUGUGCGUCAGCUGAUGACAUCACCACGACACGCGUUAUGCUUUGAUCGAUUGCCGGAGCUGCCCGGCAAUAAUGUGCUGGACACGCUGCCAUACUACAUGCCAAUGCUGGAAAUGCUGAACUAGCAACAUGUGAUUUUUGAAAAUGCUUAUUGUAGGGAUACAAAGGAGCCAACCAAAUGUGCCUAUUAUGAAUGGUAAUUAUAGGAAUGCGAGUUGACAAGAGGUGAAAAUAAUCACAGCUGUUUAUUUAGUGCAAAAUUUUUUGGCCAAUACCAGCCUCUGCUUUUGGUUGAGACAGUUAUGUUGACAACAAAAAUAAAAUCUCAAAUCUUAGUUUUGUGUAAUUUUAAAACAACAAUUGUAAUAUAUGGUACAUAUGCAUGUAUGUUUUUGUUUAUUUUGUAGCAAAAUAUGUUCAUGCUUUUAUUUUACUUUAAAUUAUUUUAGACGAAAUUAAUUUGCACUUCGAAUCGUUUUGAUUGCAGAAAGCCAGUGUUCUCAUAUGAAGCUAUUUAUUUUAGUUUAAAGCCAAAUACCCCUGCUGACAAGGGAAAGUUUUAAUUACUAUGCAUUUCAAUAUAAAAAAAAAAAUACCCCAAUAAACAUAUUUAAAAUGUCGCAACAAUACUUGUACGAAAUGUAUUGUUUUUGAAGAAACUUGAAAUAUAUACAUGUUUUUGGCAAAAGCCGAAGCUAUGUUACAAUUAGUUUUUAAAUUGAAACCAGCAAAUGAUUUGAGUUUCUGUAAUAAAAUUUAAACUACAAUAGAAUAAAAUAUUUUCACUCGACAUUGGUGGCAUAUUUAAUGGCUACUAUAAUCUCAAAUGUACUGGCUUGAGAAAUCUAUUAGAAUUUUAUUUUUUUACAAUUUCUUAACAUACGCCCACAAAACGGUUUAUUGCAAAAUAAAAAGUGUAUAUUGGCAAUAUCGGAUAAAUAUUUUUAAUUUGUUUCAAAAGUUGUUUAUUAUUAUUGAAAAAGGAAAAAUAAUUAAAUAAGUGCUUAUAGUCUCAAUCAAUAAAUUCUAGCACGUAACUUCUAUAUCAGUUGAGGCCUUUAAUUUUUCAUUGUCUUCGAUUUUAUUCAAAAUAUUUUCGUAUGCAUAUAAUGUAUAUGCACAUAUUUGUAGAUAUGUUAAUUUCUGUAAACAUACAUAGAAAAUUGAGCGUUGAAGCGCCAAAGGCUUGUAAACACACGUACAAUUUAGUUUUUCUGCAAGAUGCAAAUUAUUUUUAGAAAUAAUUUGGUUAUAUACACAUAAAUAUUAUCAAUGUUUUUGUAAAGACUGUGCAACAUACCGUUGUUAUUUAGGCAAUAAACUUGCGUAAUUGCAAAUUAUAAACUUUGUCAAAUGUAAA